AAAUAAAGCCAAACGUAACUUUUGUGAAAUAAGUCAUGGGUUGUCAUAAGAAUAAUCACGCUCAUCCUUGUCAGCACUCUAGUUCUACCUGCAGCGACUCUGAAUUUAUACUUCAUAAGUAUAUUGAUUUUCCAAAGUUAACCUGCUUAAAUGAAAAAGCUGAGAACUCUUGCUUAAAAAUUUUCACUCGCCAACCUAAAAGUAUUAUAGAUGCAGAGUUCGUAGAAAGCGACGCUGAUGAAGCUUUAUUGUUCUUCAUCCCCUUUACUGGGCUAGUUAUUCUUAAAUCUAUAAUCAUAAUGGGCGCUGGUGAUUUAACAGAAUAUCCAAAGACUGUAAAAUUGUACCCCAAUAAAGAAGGACUUGAUUUUGAAAAUGUUGAAGAUUUUGAAGCUGCGCAAACCAUUGAUCUCGUAGCCGACGUGAAUGGGCUUGUAAAAUAUCCGAUUAAUGUUUGUAAAUUUCAAAACGUCUGGAGUCUAAAUUUAUACUUUUCUCAUAAUUUUGGAGCGGAAUCUACGAAAAUCAGUUUUAUAGGAUUGUCUGGUGAAUUUCGGCAGGCCAAAAAGGAUUUGGGCUUUACACUGUACGAACUUAAUCCCAAUCCUUCUGAUCACAAGCUUGAAGGGUUCGGUUCAUUCACUCCUCAACUUACUUAG